AUGGCAGAAGGCUCGCGGUCAUUCACCAUCCGCGUCCCCGCGACCUCCGCCAACAUUGGCCCUGGGUUCGAUGUCGUCGGUCUCUCGCUCUCGCUCUACCUCACGCUCACUGCGACUAUCACACCGCCAACACCGUCGUCGCCCGCCGCACCUCCAGUUAUCCGCUACGCAGGCGAGGGCGCAGACGAGGUGCCUCUGGACGCGUACAAGAACCUCACGACUCGCGUCGCGCUCUACGUGCUCCGGUGUCAUGGCAUCACCAAGUUCCCCGAAAACCUAUCCAUCCAUGUGUGCAACGAGAUUCCCUUCGGACGCGGGCUCGGCUCCUCCGGUGCAGCGGUCAUCGCGGGCGUGCUACUGGGCAACGAGCUCGGCGAGCUGAACCUACCAAUGUCGCGUGUGCUCGACUUUGCGCUCAUGGUCGAGCGGCAUCCUGACAAUGUCACCGCCGCACUGGUCGGCGGAUUUGUAGGGUCGUAUCUCCGGGAGCUGGACCAGGCUGCGACGGAAGCUGCGAGCGUGCUCUUGAGCGAGGUGCUGCCAGAAUACCCGCCGGAUGCUGGAGAAGACUGGGGCAUGAACCCGCCGCAGCCGCCGCUGGGGAUCGGACACUACGUUCGCUUUGGCUGGUCGGACAGCAUCAAAGCCGUCGCAAUAAUCCCCCGGUUUGAGCUGAGCACGGCAAAGGCAAGGGAAGUGUUACCAACGAGUUAUUCGCGAAAAGACUUGGUCUUCAACCUGCAACGACUAGCCGUGCUGACCACUGCCUUUGCACAAUCGCCGCCUGACCCGGACCUCAUCUACGAGGCAAUGAAGGAUCGAGUGCAUCAGCCAUAUCGCAAAACUCUCAUUCCCGGUCUUCCAGAGGUCACCUCGAAGAUAACCCCUUCGAGCCAUCCUGGACUGCUCGGAAUUUGCUUAUCGGGAGCUGGGCCCACCAUUCUCGCUCUGGCGACGGGCGGCUUUGAGGGCAUUGCUGAAGAUGCACGUGCCAUAUUCAGGGAACAGAACGUUGAGGUUGACUGGAAGGUACUCUCCGUAGUAGGCGGCAGCGUUGUAGAAAGGAACCAUAGCAUGUCCUGCAUAGCUCAGGAUGGUAACGUUGAGCACAAAGAGCCUGCGAUUUCAUAG